CAACCGUAUCGUUAUUAAGACAUUAAAGCCUUAAGGUUGAUUUUCGGCGAGUGAUUUCAGACAGAAUUUUUUUGCUAACGCCCGUAAGUGCGUCGACAUUUUUUUCAAGUUUAAUUACAUUAAAACUUUCACCAUGUUUGGUUCAAAAGCCGUACAAGCGUUAAGGCAGUUCUCAACUACUACGGUCAGAAGAGGACACGCGUAUGAAGGUCCCGGGCAUAAUUUGCCAUUUGAUGUGUUCAGCAAGUACAAGUUUACUUUUUACACAGCAGUUUUCUUUAGUACCGGUUUUGGUCUUCCAUUCUUAAUGGUCAGAUACGUUAGGAAGAGGAGUGGAUAAAAUAUUGUCAUGAAUUUUUUAUGCUUACUUAAAAUGCAAUCAUUCCACAACACAUUCAAUUACUUAUGAUUAUUAAGAAAAAAAUUUUUAAACUUAGUACAAUGGUUGAUUAAUGUUUUUCCGUAAAAUGCAAUAAAUAAAUUUCAAAAUUAUAUA